CACUGCACGGCUGGGAGGGAGGAAUGGGUCAGAGCCGGGGCUGGGAGCCUGUUGCCGCCGGGCAAUACCCUUCUGGGCAAGGCGCUUGGAGUAGCGAUGCGUGGGGGAAUUAGAGAAAUAAUCUGUCGCUGUUGAUCCCAGAGGCGGGAAUUUGCAGCGUCGUGCCAGGCCCCAGGCACGGAAGAGGGGGAGAGCCAGGCCAGCGGACGUGUGAGCGGAGCUCCCAGCUGGAAUGCACCAGCUCAGCAAGGGAUUGUCCUCCCCGGGCCGGGCAGGCACUGCGCCCUGAGCCUGGUGCCCGCCACAGCUGCCCGGGCCAUGGCGGCAGCAGACAACACCUCAGCCGCCCUCCGGCGCCGUGACCUGUGCAGCCGAGGCAUCCGCCUGGCCGGGAAGAUGCGCUCGGACGUCGUCGACCUCCUGGACACCUACGUGGAGCGGCAGGGCUUGGACGCCUCUGCCAGCGUGGCGGCGGUGGAGGGGGUGCCGGUGGCAGCGGUGGAGCGCUGGGACGAGCAGACGGGGACCCAGCGGCUGCUGGAGAACCUGGCGGCGUACCGGACCUUCCGGGCCCUGCUGGCCCAGAUGCUGGAGGAGCAGCAAGAGCAGCUGGGGGAGGCAGACACCACCCUGGGCCAGGCGCUGGCAGCCGUCCUGCUCCAGGUCUCAGCCUUCACCUACCACCUCGAGGAGCUGCUGCGGCUGGAGAGCCGUGGGCCCCCCAGCGAGGAGGGGGCCGAGCCUCCCCCCGCUCCCCACCUCAGCCUCUUCGAGAGGAAGCUGCGUGGCCUGGGCGUGCUGCGGGAGCUGGCCCAGUGGGCUGUCAGGUCCACGCGGGACCUGCGGCAGCUCGCCAAGCCCAGCCCGGGCAGCAGCUCGCCUGCCAGCCUGGCUGAGAGCCCCUGAAGGCGGCCGGGGGGGUGGGGGUCUCGGGUCCCACUGGGGCGUAGCGGGGGGCUCCUCGCCCACCCCUGCGCAGGGCUGCUGACAGCAAAGGGGAUUGUUCAGAGAGGGGGAUGGACGGGAGGGACUGUGUCAUUAACCCCCAGCCCCCCCCCCUUUUGGUGCCACUCCCUGUGGGCCCCUGUCCCUCUGGGGAAACUGAGGCACAGGCCACACGCUGCCCUGGAGGGAGCAGGGACCCCCAGAUGGGGUGAACCUCGGGGGUGGCUCAGGCUUUGCCUGCUAGGGGGUUGGAAUUAUCCCCUGGGAAGCAGCUUUUCUGCUCACCCCGGGGCCUGGAGACCCUGACCCUCAGUGGGAUGCAGCAGUGCUGGCCUUCCCUUUGAAAUUCAGUCGCUGCCUGGCUUGCCAGGGCCUGGUGCUGCCUCGGCAGACAGAAGGUGCCUCAGGGCUCUUGUGGAGACAAGGCAGGAGCGAAGGGACAGCAAAAUACCACCUGAUGAAAGGAGCCUUGGGACCUGACCCCCAGCUGCAAGAUGCGAGGCUUCGCCUCCUUCACGAGGACUCUUUUCUCCCACCUGGCUUGCGUUUUCUGCACCUUGAAUUUCUGCUCUAACUGCUUGGGGGCUUUUUCGGGAGGGGAAACUGGAGACAUGACCAGGAGGGAAUUUCUUAACCACUCAGACAAGGUAAUGGAGAAGAUCUUUUAGUUGAAAGCUGUGAUUCCAAAGACCCUCUGCGAGGAGGUUUGUGCCUCCAGGGUUUAUUUUGGGACUGGAAACGGCAUGGAGGAUUAAACAGCCCCGACCACGUUACUCACCCUGUGAAGGGGAAUGCUGUGAGUUUUCGCAGCUGCCCGGGCCAUGGUUUUCUUGCUGAAUGGAUGUUAUGGCUGCUGGCUGCCAAGCAAAUAAAAGGGCACAUCUACCAGGGUGAUGUGACUUCUUGAGGGAGGUG